AUGCUGACUUCGAGUCAAAUGCGGGAAUUAAAUUCGGAUUCUGGUGAUGCGUCAUGUUCCGCGGAAUCAACUAAUGGUAUUUCUUCAUCUAUAUCCGAUAAAGUAAAUCCUGAUGAAGAACUGUGUCCAUUACCACCGGAUAGAAAUAGUUUUCAACUUCUGCAGAUCGAUAAUAUAAUUGGUAAAAACUGUGAAGGAAUAUUGUUGACCCUGAGGAACAAAAGAAUUCCAUUACGUUUGAGACGUGACGAACUUAGGGAUGAAAUUAACGUAAGAAAACCGGAAAUUGUAGAACUUCGAAAGCAACUCGACCUCAAGAAUCGAGUAAUAUCGGAUAUAGAAAAUGAUCUCGUUUAUAAACGAGAAGAUAGAUUGAACUUACGUUUGUCUAAAUUAGAAGAAACUUACAAUCGAAAAGGAUUUACAUCGAUACGAAAUGAGCAGGCGCUGGUGAAGGAAAUAGAUAAACUGAAAAGGAAUAGAAUGAAACUGGAAAAAUAUAAUUCCUUAUUAGAAGAACGACGCAUAAUAGAAACGAAAUUCCGUGAAGCUAAGGCUGCUCAAAACAGAAUCUUGAGAUUAAUUCGUCAAAUAGCUUGUGAACUACAAUCAAUUAAUCAACAAAUUGGACAUCACCAUAAAGAUUUAAUGGAUAUGCGAAAAUUGCUUCAAGAAAUUUAUAUAAAUAAAAAGGAACUAGUGGAAAAAUACAAUGGUGCGAAAGAAAUUUAUUUGGCAUGGCUAAGGAAUAACAGAAAUGAAAAAAUGAGAUUCAGUGGGCCAUCUGUCUGCAAUCAUUCUUAUCCUGCUACAUUUCCGGUGGUCAGUCGACAGCACUAUCAAAAACCAUAUGAUAAUGAAGACGAAGAGCAACUUUUAGAACCCUUUUACGAACAGAAAAUGUCCUGCCAUCGUGUGAUAAAUUAUCUCGAAUGUAUUCGUCCACACAUGGAAACUACAAACCGCUUUCCGAAUCUCGAUUCAUCUACAUCAACUGCAGUUACAUUUUGUCAUUCAGUCGAAGAAAGUGAUGAUUCUGCAGAGGAGUUUCCACCGGCUAUGGCUAUUUUAAAAAAACACGCUUCACUACCGGCACGGCCUACAUAUAUUGGUCCAGCUUGUGAGAAAGAGAUAAUUCCGGGUAUUAAAGGAAAGAAAAAAAUGAAUAAAAAAUCGUCAAAAAAGCCAUGUCAGCAUAUAAAUCAUCCCCUUGAAAUAAUUCGAUUGUUUAACGAUUUGGGAGUCGACCUUCCUUUAUGCUAUAAACAAAUUGAUAGAGUACUGGAUGAAGUUCGAGAACUUCUUGAUUUCUACAAGCAACAAACAAACAUUGUUGUGUGGAAUGAGAGUGAUUAUUGCCAUUUCUUAAGUGAGAGCGAAUGCACCGCAGAUUCAGCAUGGAAUGGCUCCACUGAUAUGUCAGAACCUGGAAGUUUGAGAAGUUAUCAGUUGAUGUCAUCUUCAGAUAUUGUGUCACCUACCGAACCGAUUGUAGGUUCUAAUGUUCCGCCAUCAUCUAGCUGUAAUCAGUUGGUCGAUCAAGUAGUUUGUCUUUCUGUUAAUGAUGAAGGAAUCGAUAGUAAAGGUUCUACGCGAUAA